AUGCAAAACGACGCUGGAGAACUUGCUGAUUUAUACAUUCCGAGGAAGUGCUCGUCCUCUUCAAGGAUUAUUUCGGCAAAGGACCAUGCUUCUAUUCAAUUGGAUAUUGUUCGUGUUGAUCCAGUUACUGGACGUAUGAUUGAUGGAGAAGUGACGCGUUAUGCUAUUUGUGGAAAGCUUCGUUUUAUGGGUGAAUCUGAUGAUUGCAUUUUACGUCUUGCUCAGAAAGAUGGAAUUAUUCCAAAUAAGAUGUAAAAGUAAAGAAGAAAUGUUGAGUGUUGAUCUUUUGUUAUACGAUGAGUUUUAUUUGGAGAAUUUUGUUUUUUAAAUAAAGCUACAAAAUUGUUAAAAUCAGAUAAAUAUUAAAAUUGUUUGAAUCUUCGGCGACCAUUAUUGCUUAUGCUAGUUUUGUGAGAAAUUUUUUUAAUAGAGCGUAUGUUGAAAAAGUAAAAACGGUUACUAUAUUUGCAUUGGUUUAGAAAUAAAAAAACGAAUUUCUAUGCUAAAAAGGUUAAUUGAUCUCCUUUUUCGAAGUUUUUAAUGUUAUUAAAUUAAGCAACCCAAUUUUCAUUCCUUUUCAGGCCUUCAAGCUUCAACCAAUAUUUGGUUCACUUUUUUGUGGGCUUAAUUAAAUUCUCUUGAUUUUUACCUUAAUCUUUUCAUAAAUAUCUUCCUCCUUCUUUGGACCUUUUGCCUCUUUCUUCUUCUUAGCAUCGUCCUCAGCUUCCUUCUUUUUAUUUUCUUCCCCAGCCUUCUUCUCUUCCUUUUCAGCCUUUUCAGACGAUCUUUUACUUCCUUCAACUUUUCCUCAGCUUUCUCUCGCUUAUUUGCAGCUUCACCUCUCUCUUCCUCCCUCUUUCGGCGCUCACGCGCUUCUUUCAAAAUCAUUUCUUCAUGCUUAAGAAUUUCGAUAAGAAGAUAAGGCGUGAAAAAAUGAUUUUCAAAGAAGCACGUGAGCGCCGAAAGAGGGAAGAAGAG